AUGGAAAGCCUGUUCAAGGUUGACGGAGAAAACGUUCAGCUUACGCUACAGCGGCUCAUAGAAGAGUCCAUUUCGCAGCGCGUUACCCGGUGGAAGACCAAGCAGAAAAAGAUCCCCGGCCGGGAGCUCGCGGCACAGAUCGUCGCCAUGUGCUGGGGCCAGGACUCCCUUCCCUCGGCGGGGCCUGGAUGUCUUAUGCGGGACACUAAGGGGGGUUACGUUUAUGUUCCUUACGAUGAGGGUAGAGAUGGGCUUCCCCCUGCUCUCGAAGAACGCAUAGACAAGCUCGAGCGCUGGUUUCGAAACCCCGCCAACGGCCCGACCGUGCGCGAGCUGGACAAACUCCUGGAGAAAGAGGUCAACGAGAAAUGUUUCUGGGAGUUCCUGGAUGGCGACAAUGCUUCGCGAAUCGAUUUUCAUGGGAAGUUGUACAACAUGGACUGGAAUUGCACUGAAAGCGAAGUUAUCGAUUCUUUGGAGGCUUAUUCGAACCCUUUAUUCAACCGUGACGCCGUUCGGGACAGGCUCUUGAGGGACCUUGCGACAAUCUACCAUCCCCGAGACGCCGUCGAGGAGGCCGAGCUGUAUGUUCUCUGUAAUGAGCGGGAUGUGGCUAGACCGAUGGCAGAGUGCAAGUGGAAGCCACUGAGAAGACGGCCCAACGACGUCAAGCUCAUGAAGCGGGAGAGUCGGGAGGAAAGCAAAUGGGUGGCCAUCAUUCGGCCUUCGCUGCUGAGGCACUAUAAGCUCUGCAACCGAGUCUUCAACCUCCAGAGACGGCAGAUGAAGUUCUGCCAAGAGAUCGAGCCCUCUCUUCUCCAGAAACCGCAAGAAACAGGAAGACAAUAUUUUAAUGGAGGCUAG